GAUUAUCCAUUGACGUCACGGGUUGAACAGGACGUGUGUAUGGUGGCUCACAAAACACACGAGGAGUAUAAAACCCAGGCAAGUCCUCGUACUAGCUACGUUCUCCUUAUAUCGAAUACCUACCCAACCCAUUCAACUUUACAAUGGCUUCGUCUAUCGCACACCCCUCCGCUGUGGGCACGAAUACCCAACCCAAAAGAUCGACUGUAUCUUCCACCGAAACUCCAACACAAGCUGCACCUGAAGCGUCCACCGACGACAGUCAGCUUCCGCCGCAAAGGCAUGCAGGAGCCCUUGGGCUCGGUCCUGCGUAUGGCCAGGGAGCAGGUCUUGGAGAAAAGCUCGGCGGGUUGCAAGAGGAGAUCAAGGGGAAGAUCAUGAAGAAACCAGAAUUAGUAGAGCAUGGGCGCGAGAGGCGUACGGGAAUUUUGAAGAAGAAAGAGCAAGAACAGAAUGACGAGGAAGACCCGUUUGCGAAACCAGAAAAUUAAAGCGCAAUUUCCAGCAAAGGCGCGGUCUGAACUAGGGGAGGCGAGAUUAGCGCCGGUGUGCAUGAGUAUCUGUAGCGAUAACAGACUUGGUUAUAAAAAAUUACGCUUUGAUUUUGAAGACUCAUUAUGCAUUAUGAGCUGGGCAGGCGGGAACUGGCGGGAACCAGAGGAUGAGCGCUGCAGCCUGCACAUCCGUGACAACGCGGUG